AUGGCAAUUCCUGAGACAUAUCUGAGAGUUUCUGCUCCAUUGCUGGCCUAUCUCUUGAUGUGUCUCUUUGGAGUCAUUGUUGAGGGUAAUUUCUAUGAAGAUAUUGACAUCACUUGGGGUGAAAAUGGUGGUGUGAAGAUACUCGGAAGCAACUCUCUCGUGCUUUCUCUUGACCAGUUCUCUGGCUCUGGCUUUCGAUCCAAGGCAGAAUAUCUGUAUGGAAGAAUAGACAUGCAGCUUAAGCUUGUCUCUGGCGACUCAGCUGGCACAGUCACUGCAUAUUAUUUAUCUUCUGAAGGGCCAAAUCAUGAUGAGAUAGAUUUUGAGUUCCUGGGAAACAUCAGUGGAGAGCCCUACAUAGUCCACACUAAUAUCUACACCCAAGGCAUAGGCAAUAGGGAACAACAAUUCUAUCUCUGGUUUGACCCAACAAAACAUUUCCACACUUACACUAUUUUAUGGAACCCUCAACGCAUCAUUUUCUUGGUAGAUAACACCCCUAUUAGAGUCUUCAACAACUAUGAAGCCAGGGGAGUUCCAUUUGCUAGCAACCAGCCCAUGAGGCUAUACUCCAGUCUAUGGUGUGCAGACCAGUGGGCAACAAGAGGAGGGCUUGUGAAAACCAAUUGGUCCUAUGCUCCUUUCAAAGCUUACUAUAGGAACUUUGAUGCUAAAGCAUGUGUGUGGUCCAAAGGAUCAUCGUCCUGUCCUUCAACCCCAGUUGCCAUUACUACUCAUAAUGAUACUUGGCUAGUUCAUGAUUUAGAUGCUUAUGGUAGAAGAAAUCUGAGAUGGGUGCAAAAGUAUUACAUGAUUUAUAACUACUGCAAAGAUUACAAGCGAUUUCCUCAAGGUCGACCUCGUGAAUGCAGGCUUUCUACAUUCUCUUGA